AUGAUAACAGCUAAUUUCGUUGGAUUUGUCAUGAAAGGUAUCAAGAAGAGCAAAUCCGGGUGUCUGGUGUGCAAACGACGCAAGAAAAAAUGCGACGAGGCCAAACCGAGGUGCGGACACUGUCAGCGGCUUGGCCUGGAGUGCAAGUACCGCGUCGUCCUCAACUGGGUGAAAAUACAGAUGCGUGAUCAGUUCCACGCCAGUUGUGCACAGCCUACAGCCUACCAUCUGCUCAAUGCCAACUUCACCAACAUGGGCCUGGCGUAUCAUCUUUUGCAGAUGUCUCCUAACUGCCCCGUCCGCGUCCACAACGAGCUCUGGACUGCCACCGUUGCCGAGCCGUGCAUCGACCCGCGCAAAACGUCGCCAGAGUACCUUUUCAACCACUAUGUCAACAACAUGUCCAAGUCGCGCUCGUUCUGCGAGAGCACAGACACGGCCAACGAGUUCCUGUCCAUCAUCGUGCCGCUCUGCAAAAACUUCACCGCGCUGAACCAACGUUCUGCGAAGCUACUACUCUCUGUACGUCCAGUUCAAGGACGACGCCAUCAACGGGCUGCACCUGAUUCUCGACACGUGCGACCUGUCGAACCUAGAGAUCCUGGAGGAGCUGAUCAUUACCAUCAUGAUUUUGUGCGCGGCGGAAAUUGCCAACAACACCAGCAAAAACUGGGUCAACCUGAUGAAGGAGGGGUUUCUGGUGUUCUCAUCGCUGCAGCCGGCACAAGUGCUCAACUCCAAGGUGCUCACGUUCGUGUACCGCUAUUUUUCUCUGCGCUACGUUCUGCUCGUGUGCACGCUUAA